CCCCAACUGUCGGUGCGCACUUUUCAACGUGUUCCCGACCUCACUGGAGCUUCCACCCCCCAUAUUUGUCAUGAUCGCGGCGUGACGACGGUCGAGACAUGGAUUCCUCCCCGGUGACGAGCAGCAAGGCGCCGGAGCCCACACUACCCACCGUGGCGGGCGUGAAGCGGCCUGCCCCGUCUCUGCUUCCGCCCUUCGAACCGCUGUCGUCUUCCCCAGGCCUGCCACGGCCCGCGAAGCGGCACGCCAACUCCCAAGCCUUUCUCAAGUACCCCACGCCGGCCCCGACUUCGAGCACCGGCAUCCUCUCGUCGAGCCCACCGCGUCUCGGGUCGCGGCCCGCGGCGCAGCGGACGCUGUCGACCUCAUCCGAGCGCGCCCCGCUCACUGCUGUCGCGUCGGUGGAGCUCAAGGAGAACGGAGAGACGCUGCUCAUGGGUCGGUCUAGCAGCUCAUCGCACUACCAGCUCUCGACCAACCGCCUGAUCAGCCGCGUCCACGUCAAGGCGCGUUAUAUCGCGGCCACGCAACCCCUCGAGCCCAACAAGAUAGAGAUCGUCUGUAACGGAUGGAACGGGCUGAAGCUGCACUGCCAGGGCCAGACGUGGGAGUUGGCGAAGGGGGAUUCGUUCACGUCGGAGACGGAGGGCGCCGAGAUCAUGCUUGACGUGCAAGACGCGAGGGUGUUCGUGCGAUGGCCACGUAAGGAUAAGGACCAAGACGGGUUGGGCCAUCUGAGUGAUUCCUCGUGGGACGAGUCUCCGCGCCCCAGGGCUGCCCGUGGCGGUGCCGGCUCGGAGUUGCAUGGCAGUCCGCUCAGGAGAGCGGCGCCGAUUCGAAGUCCGGAGUCGCCCACGCCGGCUAACGUGUCGAGCUCAAAUGCAAGCCUGGACAGCCUGCUGCCGCGCCACAGCGAGGAGGACGACGAGCCGGUAGAGAUCUAUGAAGAUCCCAGCGCCGACGAGAAGGAGUCGCCGUCGCGGACCAAGUCCCGGAACGCCGAAGCAAGUUUCAUGACGCAAGUCGGUGAGAGCUUCUCGAGCGAUUUGAGCGAUCCUCAAUCGGACGGAGAGAACGACCCCAACGAGGAGAACGACCCCGUCAUCCACUCGUUCGGCCCGUUCGGAGCCAGCAUCUCCAGCCGUUUUGCAACCUCCUCAACCCUCUCGCCGAGAAAGCCUGCCCGGACUCCCCCCCGCUCCGUCCUGGAGUCUUCCCCCUUCCCUCCGUCCAAACUCCCAGGCCCAUCAGACUCCAACGCAAAGGUGACCGCCGACCCCUCGUCCAACACGUCCGGCCCGCUCAGCGGCCUCAGCGCGGAGGCCAUCGCCACCAUCACCCACCACGUGGUCAACCAGCUGGCCUUCUCGCGCCUGUCGUCGACCCCGCUGUCGACCAUCAUGAACAACCUGCCGGCGGAGGAGCGCAAGGGCGUGAGCCGGGAGCAGCUGCGCGCCAUCAUUGAGUCGACGGCCUGCGUGGGCAUCAUCCGGCGGCAGGGCAAGGACGCGGCGGGCAAGCCGCUCGAGAGCGAGUACUACUACACGCCGGAGCUGGACGAGGACGAGAACCGGCGGCUGGCCGUGACGGACGGGCUGCGCAAGCCGAGCUUGCGGAAUUGUCGGAAGCAGCACAAGGUGAGUUCUGCCUUCCGCUCUCUCCGUUGUGUUUCCCCCGUUCAUAUGCUGUGCUGUUUGGAUGGGGUGUGUGGGCUGAUGGCGGUUUGUUUUCCGUUUGUCUGCAGCAAUACUACUGGAAGCGGCCCCGCACCCCUUAAAUCAACAACGCAACACCGCCUCUGGGCCUCUUGCUGCGAGAACCGCGCCCAGCGCUGUAUCCUUAUAUUCGGUUGUCGUCGCCGCCCUCUCCUGCCUUCCUGGGGACACCGACAUGCCCUUGGUGGCGGGAUAGGGGGCCUUUGCUAGCGACAUGUGCUCAGGAGAACCCCUGUCCCCCUGGUUAUUUUCCUUUCCUGUCUGAUAUUUUGCUGGACACCUCACCUACCUGUACCCCCUCUAUCCGU